ACUGCCGAAUGAAUCAGUGGUGUGUUUUGAGGUUUUUUUCUUCGUCUUCUUUGGUUAGACCCGCCAGAUAAUUCGAUCAGUUUUGUCGGUCCGGUCAGGGUCGAAGUAACGGAAGUCGACUGUAUUCGUGCUUGCACACAGCUGCCAACUUUCCCGAAUUUUCCGUAAAGAUUGAGGCCCGUAAAUUUUCAUAAGCUUGGGAUUGUUCUCAGAUUUUAUGAAUGUUGCAUGAAGCUUUACGGAACAUAAAUUCUGUCAGCGAAAAUAAAUUUUAAAGGGGCCCUGAACCACUCUUUAUCAAGAAAGGCAUUUGAAGUUAAAAUUGACUAUUUAAGAAAUACUUUGCCGCAAAAAGUACUUCAGUGCAUUCAGCAGAAGUGGAGUUUUCAAGCAUUUGGAGAUCGCCUAUGAUCCUCUUCGUGGUGCUCUUGCACCUUCAAUGCCUUGCACUGCGAAGGCCACUGCGGAGCGGGGCGUGCCCACAAUGCUCCCCGCCUACUGAACGUCACCGUGGCAUGCACUUCAAACUUUAUUUUGGUUGUUCACGUAGACACCACUAUUUCCAUUUUGGUACCUACGUCGUGCCAAGUGCGGUUGUCCUCAGCAAGCCGCAGUGCGCCAAGCGAGCGGACUCGUUGCGGGACCCCGUACCGGCCACAGUAUGUAAUCUACAUAGCAAACCGCAGCUCAGCGUUUGCUUCGUGCACGACAGGGCUUGAGUGCAUGCUUGCACUCAUAUGCUCCAGUCUGGCCAUGCUACUUGGUGCGGACCGGCUCUAUCCUGCACCAGCUUGACCGACAGAUAGUAGCCAUGUCCAACUUGCACAUGUUGAAGCGCUAUCAAUAGCUCAAUAAGAAGCCAAGUGUGCCAAGGCAUCCAACCAGGAGCGGCCAGGAGUGAGCGUGCACUGGUUUCCAAGGAACCAUGAGCUGAAAGCAAAGUGGAUGAAAGUCAUAGGCCGCAAGCAGUGGCCAUCAAAAUGGUGGACGGCAGUCUGCUCCGACCACUUCGCCCCCGAAGACUUCGUCAGCGGCCAUGCAGCUCUGGGCAUGCUGAAGCCAAAGGCUGUCCCGUCAGUGUUUUGGGACAAAGGCUCUCCUGUGGUCACUCAAGCUCGCCGCGCUCCGAGAAAGCUUCCCGCCGGUAGCAGCCGCAUCCAGACGAUCGACACAGCUAGCCCACACGGGGAAGAAACAAACGCGCCCGAGUCCUCGGCGCUCGCGGAGGCGAGCACUUUCAUCGUCGUUGCGCUGAACUCUCCAACGACCUCAGCUGAUGUACCUUCGACACCUGUCAGAACGAGUGGCAAUGACUCCUCUCAUCACGAUGUAGCGGCCACUGCGCAUCAAACGACAUCGGGCGAACAGCCAAAAGGGCUGGCGAUGACAGGACCUACCUUGCCGCAUGAAAGCGCGCCAAACUUAGGUGUCCAAGACGUUGCGGAGUGCGGACGGCAACAGAAAGUGCUGAUGGUGCGAACUGCCACUUCAGACGAGCGUGAGUCAAGUACUUUGCAAGUAAUGGAGCCUGAGCCACAGACAGGAGCUGCAGAGAAACCGGCAGCCGCGCCGGAGGCACAUCAGUCGGGCGCCCAGCAAGCUGAUGGACAGCUCGUGACAGCUCCAACAACACCGGCUGGUGCCCAGCAGGUAGUGACAGCUCCGACGUCACCGACUAAAGCCCAGCCCUGUAACCCAGCCGUAACAGCCCUGUCCUCACCAGCUAGUGCCCAGAAACUUAUGACACCCCCAACAACACCGGCUAGUUCUCGGCAGCCUGUGACCGCUCCGACACCAGCUAGUGUGCCACAGCUUGGGGCACCUCGGCUGACACCAGCUUGUUCUCGGCAACCUGUGACCGUUCCGACACCGACUAAAGCUCAGCAGCUUGUUACGGCGCCAACAACACCGGCUAGUUCUCGGCAGCCUGUGACCGUUCCGACACCGACUAAAGCCCAGCAGCUUGUGACAGCUCCAACAACAACGGCUAGUUCUCGGCAGCCUGUGACUGCUCCGACACCAGCUAGUAGUGCCCAGCAGCCAGUGACAGCUCCAACAACACCGGCUAGCACGAAGUCGCCAGAACUGCAGCGUCGGGAGCUUGCAAACAAAAUAUCUGACGCAGGCGCCGAGUCCAACCACCAGCCUAGUGAGAAUGCUUCUGAAGGUGUGUGCGACGUUUGCCAGCGCACUUUCCAGAGGAAAGACUUGACUAAGAUUUUUGUAGAAAUUCGCAAGCGGCUUGUAGGAAAGUAUCCUCAAGGGCAAUGUUCCCCGUUCAUGCUCUGCGCGGAGUGCAAGGAACCCCUUCUGCAAGCUGCAGCAACGUCUGAUACAUCAGCUGGCAGCACCAGUAAAACACAGCGCAAGGACAUCGUUGCAAAGCUGCGCGAGCGUGCGCUCAACUCGCAAGUAACGACAUGGACAUCCGAUGAAGUUGUAUCUGUGGACUUUGAGCAACCAGCAGAAUCUCCAAGCUCAGCGCCCGUGCAGGACAAACCAGUAGGCACUAGUUCUCCAUCUGCUGUGAGUGUGGGGAACCGAAGCGUUGCAAACAAGCAGCUCACAAAUUCAGAUGGUGCUGUGUUGAAGUGCUGUGUUCCUUCCUGCACAAACCGCUCCGACGAGCCCAGGCAUCAGCCGCUGGCAUUCUACAGGUUUCCAAGAAGUGUUGCUCUCAAGAAACAGUGGGCGGAGGCGAUGGGCCGCACAGGCUGGCUGCCAUUGCAGACGACCGUCAUGUGCUCUGACCAUUUCAGACCAUCUGAUUUAACCAACGGGUGCCCGCUUUCUGGAGUCCCUAAACCUAAAGCUGUUCCAAGCAUCUUUGAGGGCAAAACGUCUGCAGAGAUCACGUUGGAGAGCGAUGAGAGGACACCAGGAGAACAGUCGGUCCCCUCUGACCGCAGUGGCUGGAAAAUGGUAUCAUUGCUUCCGGAGAACACAGCCACCAGAGGCAGAGGCAGAGGCAGGGGUAGAUGUUCCAGCGAAACGUCCAACAAAUCCACUGGGACAAGAGGCGCCGCCGUAAAGCGAAUUUUAAGCAAGGCAUCGCCUCCUAUCAUUGAAAAGAAGAGGAAGAAGGCAUCACCCCCACUCACAUUCAAGGACAUCAUGGAAGUGGACACAUCCAGCUUCUGGCUGAAGACCUUAAGCAACAGGAUGGUGAACUUUGUCCACAUCGUGCACCGACCCAUGCCGUGCAUCACCCGAUCAGUGACGGUCUCGCCUGACAUGUCCGUGAUGGUGGCCGUCGAGAAUGCGCGCCUGAGCCUGCUGCCGUGCGGCACACCGGUUCCCUAUAAGGUUGACAGUGUCGAGACAUUGCAGGGUCUCCUGCAGAGGGUCGAGAAGCUCGACGACAGUGCGCGAAAUGACAACUGGCAGCUGCGUAAGCAGAGCACGCUGAAACUUGUUGGCCACUUGCUGCAGGAAGUGUGUCGGGAAGUGGGCAAUGCGGACUGCCAGAUUGGAGUGCUCAGCUCAAUCAGAGACCAAGUUAACGAGCUCUUGUGAAAGGGCUCUGCCAGAGUGGAGUCAUUGCCUGUGGGACCCUGCAGCGACUUUGUAAUUUACACUUGGGCAGUGCAUUCAGCGUGUUUCGUGUAUACUUUCAUCUACCAUCUUGUUUCCAACCCGCGUGAACCCCAUUGCAGUCCAAAGUCAAACUCACGAGUGUCUGGACUGUGGUAAUGUUUGAUUGCUUGUGUGUGCGACUGUCGCUCUAGAGUAGGGGUUCUCGAACGUUGUGGCCUUGCGGAACCCUGCCAGCUUUCCCAGAGUGCCGUGGAACUCCUCCCCUUUCCAGCGAUGUCUUAGUGAACACUCACUAAAAGGGCUUGAUAACGCUUUUAAACAAAUCCCAAAUGGGUCACCACUGUACACAUACGGCAGUGACCAAACGCUUGAAUAGAACAAAAAAACCUACCUUUUCGAAAUGAGCGCCGCCUGGCAUCGUAAAGAGGUGCUGCAAACUCCGGUGACUUCUAGAAAAAUUUCUUGAAUGUGUAGCCGCCCCUUGGCUUCCAGCAAACCAAAUUAUUUGUUUUAUGGUGGCUGCCACCACGGUAGUUUGGGAGUAUUCCCGCUUUGCCUAGUUUACUGCCACAUGCAGUCAUGCAGGGGGAGGCCCUGUCCCCUUCCAAGAAGCAGAGGGGGGUCUGCCAGUGCGUUAGCGAGACACUAGCCAAAAUAGCACCGCUGCCACAUCUGUGCGUGCUGUCCGUCAUUUUCAGUCAGGCAUGUUGUCUUUAAUCUUGACAGCCAUCUCUCUUGGGGAGGGACUUAUGAUACAUGGACAAGCAAUCUUUUUUUUCCUUUGCCACUCCCCACAACGCAAUGCAGCAUGUGCCGACCAUACAGUUACCGCUCUUGCCACUUUGCGGUGUAAAUGACGCCUACACGCAAACGAAGUGUCGGAUGAACAGAUAUUUAUAUUUUGCAAACAAAUGUCGCAAGUCAUUCUUGCUGUGGAAUGUACCGUAUACACUUGUGUAAGGGCCGCCCUUUUUUUCAGUGAUUUUGAUGGGGUGUGGCCCGUCCAUGGAAGUGUGAAAUUUUUGUUAAAUUUCCGAUCCACGUAUGGAAAAACCUGUUUAAUCGUGCCAUAUAUACCUAACGAAGGGAUAUCUGGCGUCUAGCUGUGGACAUCCUCCUUGCUAGAUGUCUUCAUCGGUAUGGCUCCCUCCCCUUUCCAGCGAUGUCUUAGUGCACGUUCAUUUAUCCAAUCGUCCUCGGUGCCGUCCAUGGCAUUGGAAAUCCCGGUGACCUUAAAACUCUUUACAAUAAUGUCCGUGGACACGCACGCCAAGCGUUUAAAAUCCAAGAGCAGACCAGCUGAAGUGACGCCCUCCUUAGUCGUCCGGUCAGUGUUUUCUCGUGAUGCCAUCCAUUCAGAGUACUGGCGUCUGAAUUCUGCCUUUGAACCGCCUAUUAAUAGACACAUCCAGUGGUUGCAGCAUGCUUGUUAAACCGCCGGGGAUGACCGCCAUAGGCUACGAGCUUCUGCAAGACGAGCCUUCACGCGCUCUGAGGUGGCCAUGAAAGCUGUCCAAUACGAACAGGGCCUUCCGUUGCAGCAGGCCUCCCGGCCGGUUAGCCCACACCCUUUUCACCCAGUCCUCCACUAGUUCAUCGGACAUCCAGUGCUUUUCUUGCACUCUGAUGAUUAUUCCAUUCGGGAAGCUCUCCUUGGGCAGCGUCUUUCGCUUAAAACACUACGUACGGGGGGAGGUUCCUUCCGUCCGCUGUGACAGAUAGCAUUACAGUGCAACGCUAAUGCUUGGCACUGGACAUGCGCACAAGGACGCUCUUCGCGCCGCUUUGGUUGACCGUCGUGUUCUGAGGAGCAUAGAACCAAACAGGCGUUUGGUCCGCGUUUCCUAUCUGGUCUAGGUGGUACUCGUGCUCCGCUCGCAGCGCGUUAACAAAGCGGUGAAACUUGAUCACUUUGUCAUCGUACUUGCGUGGAAGUCUUUGGCAGAGUGUCGUCCGGUGGCGGAUGCUGAGUUGUCGCUUCAUAAAUCUCCAAAGCCAUCCCUCGCUUGCCUUGAAAUCCAUAGGUGAAAUGUUCAUGUGGCGUGCGAUUGCAAGGGCCUUGACACGAAGCAUCUUGGUUGACAACGUGUAGCCGUCUUUCGCGAUGUCCAUGACGUAUUUCAUGAGCUCCUUCUCGAGUGUUGGAAAUUUGCAAGGCUUGCCGCAGAAUGCUUUCCUAGUCUUGUUUUUUGCGGCCAGCUCUUCCUUUUGGUCGCACCACCGACGCACGCACUUGCCGUUGACGUCGGAAUUGCGGCUGGCUGCACGUUUUCCAUUCUGUUCGGCGUAUGCGACAACUUUGAAUGUUGCAUGCAGCAUCGUACGUGGUUAAGCGUUUUUUCUUUUCCAUCGCAAGCGGUUGUGCUAUAGACAGUUGUCAAAAUGAAUGGCGGCACAAAGGAUCAAUGGCGCCGGUGAGAAAAGCGACAAGAUCUCCCAGGUAGCGCCGCGUGACGAAGCCGCAGAGCAGCUAUUGACAUCUGGUGGCUCCCGCGAAAUGUGUCGUACGCGAGACGCGACGACGGCCAUUUGCUGGUGAGAUUUUUUUUUCAAAAUUUGGAUUGCCAAGUUGGGGAGUGGCCUUUACACGAGCGCCGCCCUUAGCUGAGUGUAUACGGUAUUCAAUGUACCCAUCACAACACUAAGCGUAAGUGUUGUGAAGCCCGACAGGUAGCGGUGUCCCUGUGCACAUUGCAAUGCUUUCCACAUGGUUUUAUUCUGGAUAAGGCAAAAACUGGCGCAGUGCGGUAGCGAACCAGCUUGCAUCGAAAUAGCGCCAUUCUAACACCAACGCGAUUCAACCACAAAUUAUGCGGGAAUGCGCCCUGCGUGUUCAUUACGAUGUUGUGUUUAAACAAGCAAUAUUGUCAUUCGUCUGCAACGAAAUUCGACCAGGCAGACACUGCUAAAUUUGGAAGGUGUCUACACAAGUGCAGCUUGCAGAAAAUCCAAGUUGAUUCCUGCUCACGUGGUACAAGCUCGCCUCACAAACACGAAUUAAAGGCAUGGACACAAUGGGCCCACGAAUCUUGCACUCAGAAGUCCUGUGUGCCGCUGUCGUGUGCAUGUCUCAAAGACUGCUGAAGUGUGCUUGUGGAGUGCGAUAGCUUCAUUAAAUCCGAAAUGUAAUAUAAGAUUUCUUCUCACUGAACCCAAUUUGAUAACCCCUGCUCUAGAGGAAAGCAGUGAUCUUGUAAAUUAUCAUUAAAACAUGUUUGUCAAGUUUCGCUCAUUGCGUGA